UUUUUGCAGUCGCCUAGUUCUCCGAGGGUUGGCGACCACGCGUAAGAUCUCCAUGAUGAUGAACUGCAUGAUGCUCCCGGCAACCGAGUCGACGAUGGUCAUGGGCGGCCUCGCCGACGACGCCUGCAGCCUCGGCGGGACGACGCCCCUCGACUUUGCCUACGACGGCGCGCCGUCGACGCACGCCGAGCUUGUCGCUCGCGCGUCCACGAUCGACGCGUGCUGCAGCCCCGCUGCCGUGCGCCGAGGCGGCGAGGCCACGCGCAAGAACCUGUGUAUAUGCGUCGACGACGUCGCGGCGCGGCUUGGCGCGAUCGACAACAAGUCGGAUGAUGACGACGACGACGACGUGACGUCCGAGGCGAGCGACUCGGCGACCGCCGACGAUGUCGAGUAUGACGACGACGAAGCCAUGUGCAAGCGGAAACGCAUGGGCACGUUCGACGCCGCCGACGACACGUCGGGCUACGUGAGCCUCGCGUCCUGUGAAGAGGCCUUCCACGUCUCCAAGCGCCCCAAGCUCGAGUCCAUCGACUACUCGUGCUCGUACCCUGAGACGACGGCGCACGUCCAGCUCUCGGCCGUCCACAAUGACUCGAUGCGCUUCUUCUUUACGCCUUUUGGCGCCGCACCGUCGAUGGGCGCAUCGCAGCCGCUCGCGGUGCAAUUCCCAUUUGCAGCGUCAGGGACCUUCGAGAUGGUCGGCUCGUCGCGCGUGAUCGCGGAGAAGACGCGGUCGACACCGGCCACGCCGCGCCUCGUGGACAUGGACCCCUGAUCGUCGCAUCGCCCUCGUCCCGUAUUUAUCUCUCUUCUUCAUCGCGACGACCGGUCCACCUCCUCGAUCGAUCCCUGUACUACUCGACUGUAAAAAAUCUCCACUAUUCUCCCA